AUGGAAAAAGAAGAAGUUGAUGAAGAGUUGUUGUCCAGCAUCCAGAGCACCAAACUGUACAGUCUCCAGGAGUUGCUGCAGGCAACUGAUAAUUUUAGUUUAAGUAAUAAGAUUGGGACAGGGGGCUUCGGAAGUACAUACAAAGGAGUCCUUAAAGAUGGCACUGUGAUUGCGGUAAAGCAAACCAAAGAAUUCUCGUCUAUGCUUAUGUCAACAAAAGCGACCUCGCACGAGCACUUCUCCCUAGUGCACCUCCCCGUAGUGGUCCCCGUUGCAUCAAUCUCCCUUGGGAAGUACGCCGUAGAAUUUGCAUUGGUAUUGCUCAGGGGGCUCGCUUUUCUUCAUGAUGCGAACAUUUUGCACAGAGAUAUUAGUGCGAGAAAUGUUCUUCUCAAUGAUGAGUUCAAUCCGCAGAUCUCAGGCUUCGGUAAUGCCACAUAUUUCCAUCCUGACUUGUCUUAUGUGAGCAAGCGUGUCGUUGGCAAACUGGGUUAUCUGGCACCUGAGUACACAAUGCAUGGCUGGUUGACAAAAAAAGCCGAUUCAUACAGCUUUGGUGUUCUAAUCUUGGAAAUUGUCAGCGGGAGAAACAGCACCGAAGUAACAGAUGAAGGAAAUUGUCUCCUUGACAGGGCUUGGGACCUGCACGAGAGGAAGGAGCUGUUGGGGUUGGUUGACAUUCCUGUAGUGAGAUAUUUGGAUAGAGAGGAUGCUUACAAGUACCUGAUAAUCUGUCUUCUCUGCACCCAACACGAUCCUGAUCUUCGACCAGACAUUUCUACUGUACUUGGUAUGCUGACAGGCAAGAUUAAUGUUAGUAGAGAAAAUUUGUCUAGACCAGAUUUCUUCAGAGCUGAUGAGGGCGAGAUCUCAGGCAAGUUGGUUUGA